AUCUUAUUAUAUCAACAACAUGGGGCUUGUUCGCGGUCGUAAAUUUAGAUUUUAAAUCACUAAAAAGAAAUCUAUUGCUUUUCGUUACUUAUAUUAUAUCUUCCCAACACGCAAAAUGUUUCUAAAAACUACAAUUUUGAAAGCCAUUCCAUUUAAAAAUCCGGUCAAGUUGCCUCUCACGUACUGGAUAUUAGUAGUUAUUCGUUUCGCCCUUACGGUUGCUCCUCAAUUAGGAUAUUUACAUCCCGAUGAGUUCUUCCAGAAUGUGGAAGUCAUGGCAGGAGAUAUUUUCAACAUAGAUGUCGCAAAAACGUGGGAGUUUAACCCGAAAUUUCCGAUCCGCAACAUUUUUGUACCAAAAGUGAUUUUGGGCCCACCACUGCACUUCAUUCGCAUACUCAACCCUUACACGAAAUAUUAUCUUGGUGUAAACUUACGAACACCUUACUAUUUACUUGUUAUCCCCCGUUUAUUUGUUUGUUUAUUGUCAUUUGUUAAUGACUACAGUUUAUAUAGAAUAUGUGUCUUAUACGGUCAAAAUUUUAGAAAUAGACUGGUUAUAUUUGCAAGUUCGUAUAUUGUACUUGUUUAUUGUUGUAGAAGCUUUUCAAAUACUUUUGAAAUGACAUUUUUUUCUGUUCUACUCCUUUUGGUAGCUGAAUGUAUGUUGAAAUCUGAUAAAAUAAUAUAUCAUGAUGAGUUUUUAAGAGAAAAAUAUGAUAAAGCAUCUACUCCAGUUGAGAAGGUUAAAUUGUUUAAGCUGAAAAUGCAUUUACCGGAGCAUUCCUUGAAUCAUGUGUUUAUCCUAGCCACUUUGGUGGUAAUAGGAAUAUUUAACCGUCCAACAUUUGUAGGGUUUGCAUUUCCGCCUAUAUUCUUUUGGUUGCAUCGUGGCUUGGGUUCUAAAGUUGUUGGGUUCAAAGACUUUCAUGUUCGUAUAAUAAUGUUUAUCCUUUGUGGGGUACCAACGGCUCUGCUUCUCAUAUUAGUGGACUCGGGUUACUAUGGUUACUUGACGAUGGCUGAUGUGGAGUCGAUGAAGUGGUCGUGGGAUAACUGGGUGGUGACGCCGCUGAACUUUCUGCGGUACAACUUGGACAUGAAGAACCUCACGCAGCACGGGCUGCAUCCUCGCUGGCUGCACCUGGCGGUCAAUGUGCCUCUGCUGUUUAGUGUGCUGGCGGGGAUGGCUUUCAUCACACUGUCGACUAACACAUACAGGUUCAUCCGCGGCCACUACAGGAAACUGCCCAGGAUCCAAAGCAUCACCGGCUUGAUGCUGUUCUCCCUAGUCAUCCCAGUGGCGCUACUCUCCCUCUUUCCCCACCAGGAGGCUCGCUUCAUCAUCCCCGCGCUAGUACCCCUCGUCUACCUCUACGGCAACAGGCUACAUCCAAACGAAUCGGACCGACCCAGUCACAAAAAACUCAAAAAAAUCUGCUUCUAUAUUUGGUUCAUACUAAAUGCCAGCCUCACUCUUUUUUACGGCUUUAUACACCAGGGCGGUAUCUACUCCUUCGCUAACACUCUACACAGAGAAAUCAAAGGCACGUACGGUACACACACAUACGUAAUAAGCACGCACAGUUACAGUAUACCCUCGUAUUUGCUACAGUUGGAGAGCACGACGAAAGUGUAUAAAGACAGACACACUGGCCACAAAUACAGGCUCACACCAACAACUUUUUUAUACAAAUAUGGGUCUAUGCCUAUGGACGAACUAUUCACAAAAGUGGAUGACGUUCUUACAAACGCCGAAAUGCUGUUACAUGAGUAUAAAAAGCAGUACAGAUUCUACGUUGCCACGCCUUGCUCUUUAGAGCUAGAAUUAGAAGAGGCAGCUAAGAAAUAUUAUUACUUUAAAUUAGUUGAGGACUUUAGGUACUAUCCCCAUUUUUGUACGGAAGCGGUACCUAAGUUUCCAAGUAGCCACGACCAAUCCUGCGUGGAAAGAAAUCUCUUGAUGAACGAAUCUCGAGCGAUAGAUCUGAAUAUGUUCCAGAGAGUCUCAUGUUAUUUUAAUAAGUUUUGCCUUAAGAUUUAUAGAGUUAAAACGGUUGGUAAAUAUGAUAAGAUUGAUAAGUAAUGUUCACUAUAGUGAACAUUACUUAUCAAUCUUAUCAUAUUUUUAUAAAUUUUAUAAUCUCUUUGUUCUCAUUUAGAUAAUUAUAAGAUACAUCACAUCAACAAAAUAUUAUUCUACUUAUUCGGACUGCUUGCUUGUUUAAAUGACGUUAUAAAUCGAUUGAUUAUAUUUUUAUGUGAUAUAGUAAUCUCCAUCAGUCAUCACACAUUAGUAACUAAGAUUUUUGUAAACAUUAUGUUAUAAGACUGGUUUCACAUCACCUAUUUGGAAAGAAUAUUUUUCAUCCCUGGUAGGAGGGAUCAAAGUAACGACACCUGUCUGUACAAAGAAUAAUUAUGUUGUCAGUAUAAGUAACGAAAUGAGUUUACACAAUGUAAUGGAUUAAGUACUAUUUUUUUGUUAAUUAACUUCUCAGACAUAAUUAAUUUCCUCAUAGGUGAUGUGAAAAUCAGUAUGGUAUGUGUCACAUGGUAGCAAAAUAAUGUCUACCUUGGGCGUUAAAACUUGAAUCCCUCACUGCUCAGGAUUCUAUUUCAGAAUCCCUUAUUAUGUUAUUUUGCUCCCUUGUGAUGUGACACAAACUAUUAAUUCUUGAUUGUCAUAUGUCAUAAGUCAUAACGAAUACAUCAUAACAUCACACAUGAUUAUCACAUUCUUAGAAUUACUUUAUGUUGAAAGAAGCAAUAUUUAAUCAAAGCUUUAAUUACUUCAUUCCAAAUGCUCAAUCAUACUCCCAUAAUUUUAGAAAUUAGUUUAUUUUUGCUAUAAAAACGCAUGCUGUAAUGAAGUUAAAAACUUUUUACAAGACUUGUUUAUUUUCGUGUACCUAACUACUAUAUUAUAAUUCUAUUUUAUUUUUGACUGAUAUGUAUUUAGAUUUUAUUCCAAAUAUGUACACAAAUGUACAGAUUUCACAGUGUGAGAACAAUGGACUGCUUUGCUACGAAAUAAACGCUAUUAGCAAGCAA